CCUAAUUGAGGAGCUAGGGGGAAUCAUACCUAAGUGAGUUCCCAAACUGUAAUUAGUAGUUUUACUUAGUUUAGUUAGUAGAGUAGUUUAGUUAAUCAAUCCUUAAUCUAGUUUGCUAGAUAAUGAACUGAAGCUGAGUAAUAGUAACUCUAGAGACCCGUGGAUUCGAUAUUUAUUACUUGUGCCACUAUACUGUAGUACCUUUCAUUGGUUACACUUGGCCAUUGUUAGGUGUUGUGUUUUAGAGCAUCAAGUUUUUGGCGCCGUUGCCGGGGACUUUCUAGAGUAUUAGGAAAGGCAGAAGUUUGUUACUUUAGCGUUUUUCUUUUCUUUUCUUUUCCACCCUUGCUUUUCACUUGGGUGUUUUUGUUUUUGUUGGUGCAGAUCUGAAUCAUGGAUCCUAAUGGCUUCUCCAAUCAUUGGGGGUAUCCACCACCAUCCGGGUGGUAUUACCCCGCGACUCCCUACAGCAAUCAAGGAGGAGAAGACUAUGGAUUCGGGUUCCAGUACCAACCCCCUUACUACGGAGAACAAUCAGACCCCUGGGCAUAUCAAGAACAACCUCAUUACCAAGAAGACUUUCUCCCACAACCAGAAGGGCCAUCGGAGCUGGAGUUACCCAUGGAGGCCUUCACGGGCCACUCUGCAGAGCCAUGCUACACUUCACUGGAGGAUCCGAACGAACAAUUAAGGCUUCUCGUGGAGCAGUUUGCUUGAGACACUGAGAAAUCAUGCUCCAAGAUGGAUAUUCAAAUCAAAGCCCUUGCCACUUCUGAUCCCUCAUUUCUCCAUGAUAUGGAGGAGACUGUUCAGCGCUCAGCGAAGCAAACAGAGUGGGUGAAGCAAGUUUGCUCACAUCUUGCUCAAGAUCACCUUUCUGCUGCCACGCUAGAAGAGGUGGAGGAUGACAAAGGCUAUGGGAGCGUUGAGGAGCAUACAGAAGUUAUCACAGAGAACUCCCAUGAUAACCAUGAUCAGGAAAGUCCUUUGGUUGCAGACCACACCUUUCCUCAUUUACGCUCUAACAUGCUGGGCCCGUGCGAGGAGAUGCAAGAUGAUCCCAUUGAAGAAAUUGCUUGGCGACUUGCUCUCCAAUCUGUUCUAGAAGAAGAAGAGCGAGCAAGGAUGAGGAAGGAAGUUGUGGAUGAUGAGGAAGAAAGAAAAGAAGAGGUGGUUCUUGAUCUUUUCCCAGGGGAGAGACCACAUUUUGAAGAAGGAAGGGGGGGGGGGGUUGAGGAAGCAAUUGGUGUCCAGGCUGAGGAUGAAGUUGAGGUGGAAGAGGCAUGCACCGGCCAUGAGUUGCAAGUAAUAUCUCCACCAAACUUUGAGGAGCUGUUUGGCAAGGACCCAUUUGCGGUGUCUUUUUGCCAGACCAAGGCCACAUCAACAUCGGUCCCUCUUGGUGGACGCGAUGGUGGCCAAUCGAUGCUGUCAUAUCUGGUUUGGGGCAAUGAGACGAGAGAAGAGAAGAAGAGGUCUCGAGGGUGGAGACCUCAUCUGCAUCAAGUACAUGAGCCUUCAUCACCUGCCACACCACAUGCUCGUGACUUGAGACUCCACCUCAUCGAGGAGAACCUCAACUUCAAGGAGGUUCUAGCAUGGACCGAAACUUAGGAGCCAUCGUCCGGCUCACGACGUGAAAGAAGCGCUUGUUGGGAGGCAACCCAACCAGUCGGUUUGCAUUUCUUUCUCUAUUUCUCCUCGGUUGAGUCAGUUUUGUUAUUUGAUUUUAGAGUCAAUAACUCAACCUUUGUGAGAUUUUGUGUGGUGUUUGUGUUCUGAUUACUCUCUCUUCCUGGAAUGCACUGCCUGACCCGUACAUCAUCAUUCACCCUUGAUCUGGUAACUUCGUUCUACCCUCCUUAUCUUUCCUCCAUUGAGGACAAUGUCGUGCUUAAGUGUGGGGGGGUGUUCGAUUAUGUAUGCGGGUGAAUGUUUGGCUGUUUGUGUGCUUGGAGCCUAGUCCACUGUCCAAAUUUUGAGAUUUGAGGGCUCCAAGUACUGCUCUUUGAUCAUAUUGGCACUGUGUUUUGAUUGAUGAAUUGAAUGGUUUUCGGAUUGAUGCAUGACAGCUUGAUUGUGACUAGGACGACCUAUGAUGAGGACUAAGACGUGCAGUAGAGUUGUGUAGGGGUUCAGUUUUUCAACUGUUUGCUUACCAACUGUGACUUGGAUUGAUUACUUGUUCUUGACAGUCGUUUAUGCAUCUAGUUCAGGGUAUCAGAAUGUGAGAUAGAGCAUAUAGGUAGCCAUGUGAGAUUUGAGCCUGCUCGUUUCUUUCUUGUGCGAUAGAUCCCUCUUCCAUGAUGUGUAGCAUUCACGUUGUCACUAGCUAAGAUGAUGGGGGCAUAGGAUUAGCCCACGACCAAAUUUGACUGUCCUGAUGUGUCAUAUCCCCUAGUCAGCCCUUUUGAGCCAUGUGUUAUCCUUUCUUUUGGUCUGAAAUGAAAAAAAAAUCACCCUGUUUGCAUCUUUUAGAAGGUUCCACAGAGUGGGUUUUACAUGUUCUCUGCUGUUUCUGCUAAAUUUAAUGUGAGUGUUGGAGGUAGUGCUUAAAAGUUGGGCUGGGCAGGUGUUUGAAAUAUAUGCAGAAGUGGUGGCUCUCUUAAGAAAUGAAAAGAAAAUGAAAGAAAAACAAAGAAAAAUUGGAAGCAAAAGAGAGCCACUACAAAAAAUCCGAAUAAUGCCCAGUAAGUAGUGUUUCUUAGCGGUCUGGCUUGGAAAUGCUGACAUUUAUACCUCCUUCGCUCUUGUGCUCUUGAGAUAUUGAGUAAUGCAGAAUAGCAGAAAGGAAAUACCGGUUUGUUUGACUGUGAUUGUUUGGGUUUGGAAAUGUGGAACCUUGUGCUAUGAAUACUUCCACCACCUAAAAGGCCUUUUCCCCAUUUCCAAGACCCUAGCCAGUCAUUUGAACCUGUGUCUAAGACCUCCUGAUUAGUUAGUGGUGACACCCCAUAUGUGAACUCUAGCGUUUAGAGGCUGCCAUCAUGGUGAAGAGAUGUUAGGGAUUGAGAGAAAUAACUUGCGCAUUUUUCG